GCUUCGAGCCCUUGGUAAGGGGUGGUCGCGCGCUCUCCCGCGAUGCCGCAAUACGGCCUGUUCCGAUACAUCCGUGUAUUUUAGUGAAGUUUUCUUUUCCCAGACAUUUUUAUGUUAUUUGGAUUAUGCGUGCGUUUACAAAUUGGCUGGAAACCUUGAUGAUUGUUUACAACGGGGACUUCUUUGACCUCGAUUUUCUUAUUAAUUUGACUUUGAAGAAGUUAUUUGUUGAUAAAAGAUUUUCAUUAAUAAUCUUUUUAAAUUAAAUCUGUGAGGGUCCACUGGGUGGAAUGUAUUUAAUUUGAACGAUACGUUCUUUGUAAAUAAAAAAAUCUAAGCAUAAUGUAAAUAGGCGAAAUUUUUAAUGAGUGGUUACAACAUAAUAAUACACCAAAUAUGUGAGUGAUAAUAGUGAUAAGUAAAUUAAAUGAAUAUUGAAAAUGUUAGCUUGUGUGUGUCAACCAACGGAGACGGCGUUAUUAUUUAAAGGAGGACCACCGAUUGCUAUGGGGCCACUUGGUACACACAAAAUACGACAUAACCCUGUUGAUGCCAUGAAAGCCAUCAAACUAAUCCCUGCAGCUGUUCGCCGCUCCAGCGAUGAGGGGAAGGACAGUUCUCCAUCACAUAAUUCAUCACCCACCCUCAUAAACUCAACUGGAAACUUACUGAAUUUAAGAAAAAUAGAACGAAAAGCUAAAUCAACGAAAAUCCUAGUUAACCCCGUCUGUUCUGACAGCGUUGGUACGAGCGAUGAUAGCAAUCGAUCCAAAAACGUCCACUCUAAGUGGAAUGGAAAGAAAAAACGUCUCAAGUCUGAGAGUGCUGCUAAGAACCUCAAGAAAGACGAACGUAAAUGUGAUAAAAAUGAUCCAAUUAGUAGAAGCGAUGGUAAAGCAGAUAAGAAAUCGAUAUCUUGUUUCAAAAUAAAAAGUUCCGAAGAUAAAUCACGCUCAGCCGAAGACCGAAAAUCUGGAAAAGAGAACUGUACAAAUGAAAAUGCCAGUAAUCUGAUGAGUGCCGAGAAACCCGAUAUUAUUAACCAUUCCAGGAAAAAUAGCAGAGAAAUUUUUGUAGACGAAAGUACCAUGACCGAUCAGGCGAUGUUAAGAAAUGACCAAUUGGAUAAGGGAAAGACUGAUUCUACUAUAGCAGUUAAGGAAAUGAAGUUGGGGGAAGGGGUGGAGCUGACUUUGGGCGAGCUGCGCGCGAUGGCGCUUCGCCAGCAGCAGCAGAUCGACACGCAGCACCAGCUGCUCUGCGCCAAGGAGCAGCGACUGCGAUACCUUAAGCAGCAGGAGGCUAGGCAACAUCAGGUGGCGGUGGAAGGCGAGCGGCUACGGCGGCUACGCGAGCGCGUAGAGGCGCAAGAGUUGAAGCUACGCCGGCUACGAGCGCUACGGGGGCAGCUCGAUAGAAACAAGCAAGCGAAUAUCGCACUAACGAGCGACCUAGAGUCAAUACGAGCGCUCUUCAAUGAAAAGGAGAAGGAGUUAUCAGUGGCGGUGGCCAAAGUGGAGGAGCUGACACGGCAGCUUGAGGAGUUGAGGAGAGGGAGAGUACAGCCUGCGCCCCCCUCCGCUCAUGAGCUAGACAAACUGCGCCGGGAGUUAAUGGUGAGUCACGAUUACCGCAACAAGCUGAACGAGCAACAGAACGGCAGACUGUCGGCUCAAAGAGCAGCGCUGGGCGCGCGGCAGGAGGAGAUGCGCAGCAUUGACCGUCGCGUUUCCGAACUGCAGGCGCGCCUUCUGAGGAAGAGGGCCUUGAACAGGCAGCUGGCAGCCGCACAUCGACAGCCACAGCAACAAAGGGCCACGAAUCCAACGCCUAUGCAACAGUUACCCAGCUACUCUGCUGGUAACACUGGAGUAAAUAGUCAACCAAAGAAUCAACAAGCCCGAGGAAAUGUUGCUGCUGUCGAGCCUUAUAAUCAUGUGCCCCAUGCUCAGAGCGUUAGCCAUAAUGCCAAUUUCCAAGCAAUGAAGCAGAAUGUAAUACAAAACAACGUGCCAUUAAAACAACACACACAAAGCGAUAAUAUUCAGAGUCAUUUAACGCAGGAAGCGCAUUAUUUGCAACAAAAGCAAAUGAUUAAUCCCCUUUUCAACGGCUACACGCAUUCGCAAGGGCUACAAGAUAAUCAAUAUCAGGGGCAAUAUCCAAACAAGCAUGAGAACUUUAGUCACGUUCAGCAAGGUAUUGGCAAUGCUUUCGAUCAGAAGUCUAUGCUUGACCAGAACAAAUACAUGGACUACUUGAAACAACCGCAGUACAGUCCAAACAGCACGAGCAGUUCGAACAGUAACCAAACUAAUAAAGAUCUGAAAAUAAACGAACAGGAAUUCCUGCCAGAAUUUGCUGCGAGCAAGUCAGAUCCUAAGUAUCAAACGUUGCCUUACAAUACUAAAUUUCCUCAAAGUACGAACGGGAAGUUAAAACCUGAAGUCAAUGGUAAGAACUACGAAAACCAAGACGCGAAAAAUGCUAUUAAUGUUAAUCACAUGACUGUACAUUCUACGCCACUGUCGGUUGUGAAUAAAAGUCUAGCGACACCUCUAAGUCAAACGGAAACUACAUAUCAGCAAGAAAAUACAUAUCAGUUGCAAAAGUCCGACUCAUCAAGUAGAUGUAAUCAGGAAGGGAAGGAGAACCAUGCAUAUCCACAGAAUAGGCUAAGUCAGAGUAAUAGUCAGAGCAAUGAAGCUUCAAAAGGCAGCGGCAAGGGUCAGCAGGGGCUGAAAGGCAGCUCACCUAGUCUGGGUUCCAGCACAACAUCUGCUAGCAGUUCUAUUGGAUUUGGGAAACCUGUAUCGAGUGUAGCACCUACAUCAGUUCAGGUCUCAAGCGGGAAACCGUCACCCAUUUACCAGACAUCCUCCACAAAGAUCCAACCGGUCCAACCACAGACCGUUCAGACCCAAAGCAUCAAUGUAUCAUCAUCAAAUCAUGUAGCUAGUAAUGUGGUGACCUCCCAACCCCAGAUCGUUAGGAACACGGCAUCAGGACUGUCGACAAGUACGGGGAGUUCCUUCGCUGGCCAGAAUGCGUCGUCUCAGAGUAUCCUGUUGUCACCCCCACAAAGUGCCAGCACGCCUCUCUCGACGCCUGAUGUUAGCGGUACAGACAAAUCUCCCAAACCAGCCUUACCUCCAAAACCAACAAUCAAGACACCACCGAGACAGUCCGUGAACAAUGAUGUUGGCUUCAAUCAAUCUGCUGAUAACAUUACUCCUAUGCCCACCAUACCCUUGCCUUCAGACCUGUCAAAUGAUAGUGAACAACAAAGCCAGAAAGAAUCAGUCAGCAGUACAAGUAGCAAUGAAAUGAUCAUCAAAGCACGCCCCUUAACUAUAAGAAAACCACCGAUGAGCGAACAGCCCAAACUUAGAAAUAUUAGUAACGCAAAGAAUGGAAUCAGUGUCAAUAUGAACCGGCGCAUAGAAAUGCCACCUGCAUUUUUGUUCCCUGAAAUGGAUCACUUAGUUGAUUCUAUGCCUAAUGAGAAUGGCCUAAAAGAAAAGAAGCAGAAAGACGAGGUAGACAGGGCUUUGAAUAACAAUAACAUAUCAAUAGGACAGGAAGAUAGUAAGGAUGUGGUUGUGUCAGAUAUAACGGAGCAGAUUAGUUCGGUAGACUUGAACGGUCAGGAUUCUCAGGGCACUGAGAAUGUUCUGAGGCGGAAAAAGGGUAAUUUGAAGCAGGGAGGCAAAGCUCCGCUAGCCAGGCGAGUUAGCUUCGAUCCCCUCGCGCUGCUGUUGGAUGCUAGUUUAGAAGGCGAGUUGGAACUCGUUAAGAAAACGGCAACACAGGUGCAGAAUGCAAGCGCUGCAAAUGACGAAGGGAUAACUGCUUUACACAACGCGAUCUGCGCGGGGCACUUCGAAAUCGUUAAAUUCCUGGUAGAGUUAGGUUGCGACGUGAAUGCUCAGGACUCGGACGGCUGGACGCCGCUGCACUGCGCCGCGUCCUGCAACAACCUAGCUAUGGUGCGCUUCCUCGUCGAUAAUGGCGCGUGUAUAUUCGCAACCACGCUGUCUGACCACGAGACGGCGGCCGAGAAGUGCGAAGAGGACGAGGAGGGCUUCGACGGCUGCUCCGAGUAUCUUUACAGUGUACAAGAAAAACUAGGCAUAAUGAACAGCGGCCUAGUGUACGCGGUGUUCUCGUACUCGGCGGCGCGGGCGGACGAGCUGACGUUCGAGACGGGCGGGCGCCUGCACGUGCUGCGCAAGGGCGACGACAGCGAGCGCGAGUGGUGGUGGUGCCGCGACGACGCCGGCAACGAGGGAUAUGUGCCUAGGAACUUGCUUGGGUUAUAUCCACGAGUAACCACACAGCAAGAUUAAGUCUUGAAUUUAUGACCUGAUUAAUUUGUAAAUAUCUAUUAGUUACUUUUAUUUUUUAUGUAUUUAUAUCACUGUAAUCUAAAAGUAACGACGCUGUAUACAAUUUUAUCAAAUCUAAUAUUUUGUAAAUAUUUAACUGCGUAAGUCAAAUGAAUGAGAUUAUAUUGUACAUUUUAUAAAUAUUUUGAGUCAUCACUGAUAUUAUUGGUCAUAAAAUUUGUAUAUCUUAGUUCUGCAAAUGUUGUGAACUAUUAUUACACAUAAACUGACAAUACAAAUAAUUAUGAAGAAUUA